UUCCCGUAGGAAACGGCUAGCGUUUUUUCCCCCAGCUAGCGGUGUAAAGGGGCCACUUUAUCUAUGGUCCUGAUUCGGUUUAAUGUUUAAAUACUUCUCUUCUUCGCAACCCCGGACAGAGCAGCGACAUUUGAACGGCCCCGGUAGUGGCGCAGAUUGACAACGGGCUCGCUAGUGAUACUUGUAGAGGGGUUACCAGAGAAAGAAGUUGAAUGGAUCCGAGGGUAGCUUGGAUUCAGCCCGAACAGAAAGGACCUGCGAACGCCUUAUGGAUGCACGUCUGGGAGACCUCUCAGGGAGUACGGACACUCUCCGUUCAGCACCAGCUUCACAAUCAAAACCACAACCAGUGCGUGAAUUAUGCUGCGUUGGAUGUUUUAAAAAAUGUGGCGACCGCGGUGGCAUCGAGCAAGAGCAUUUGCAGCAGCACCGGUAACGUUGCUGCCAGUUUAAGCAGCGGCAGCAGCCAUCACAGCAUCAUGAACGGCACUACUAGUAUUAACGGCGCUGCGAUUUCCUCGCUGGGGAUAGCGCUGUCCAACGGGAACGUGUGUAGCUCCUUCGCCACGACGAACGCCGCUGAACCAGGUAAGGGCAGACCCCUGCCCCAGAAGACGGGAUCUGUCUCUUCGUCCUCUUCACAGGAAUCCGGGGCGGACAGCCCCCCUUCCAGCUGCUCACUAGAGAGGACUAUGGGUAGCAAUGAAACGGGCAACAUUAACAAAAACGUCGGGGGUGCCAAUCUGCUAUUUAGCGUGAGGGACAGCAUGGACAAUAAUGUCAACCUCUACCACCGUCUACCAACGUCACAGGAGCAACCGGCUUUUAAUUUCCCGCAGGUUUGCGGGAGGCGCCACCAGGUUCACCCCUCUGUACCUGUAAAUCAGACACACAAUCACCAUCCAGGCCGAAGGAAAAGUGACAACAAAGCAAGCACUUAUGGGAUGAACUACUUGCUUUCAAACUGCACUAAUGGCAAUUAUGCGAGCACUUGGACGCCCUGGAAGACGAGGAAGUACAACCCUGGGCUCCUCGGACUCCACGAGGAGGUGAUGGACUUCUACAACUUCAUGUCUCCUCGGCCGGAGGAAGCCGCUAUGAGGAAGGAGGUGGUGGACCGGAUAGAGAGGAUCAUCAAGGAGCUGUGGCCCACUGCAGAUGUCCAAAUAUUUGGCAGCUUCAGCACAGGGCUGUACCUUCCAACAAGUGACAUUGACCUGGUGGUGUUUGGGAAGUGGGAGCGCCCGCCACUGCAAGAACUGGAACAAGCUCUUCGCAAGCAUAACGUGGCAGAACCUUUUUCCAUUAAAGUGCUGGACAAGGCUACAGUGCCAAUCAUCAAGCUGACAGACCAGGAGACCGAGGUGAAGGUGGACAUCAGUUUCAAUGUGGAGACUGGAGUCAGGGCGGCAAGCUUCAUUAAAGAUUAUGUUAAGAUGUAUCCAGUGCUGCCUUAUCUGAUCUUCGUACUGAAGCAGUUUCUGCUGCAGAGAGAUCUAAACGAAGUCUUCACUGGGGGAAUCAGCUCUUACAGCCUCAUCCUCAUGGUCAUCAGCUUCCUACAGCUCCAUCCUCGUAUCGAUGCCCGAAACCCCAAUGAGAAUUUGGGCAUUUUGCUGAUUGAGUUCUUUGAGUUAUAUGGCCGCCAUUUCAACUACUCGAAAACAGGGAUUCGCAUCAAAAAUGGAGGCGCAUACAUAGCCAAAGAGAAGAUCCCGAAGGCCAUGAUAACUGGAUACAGUCCAGUCUUGCUCUACAUAGAGGACCCACUGCUCCCAGGUAAUGAUGUGGGGAGGGGUUCCUAUGGUGCCUUUCAAGUCAAGCAGGUGUUUGACUACGCCUACACUGUCUUGAGUCACGCCGUGUCCCCACUUGCACUGUCGUAUCCCAACAAAGACUCUGAAAGCACCAUGGGCAGGAUAAUUAGGUUGACCCAGGAAGUGAUCGACUACAGGGAAUGGAUCAUCAAGAAGUGGGGGGGCAGGGAUCUGGCGCGAACUGACAACAGAGUUUCACCUCCCAAGGAGCCGGUGUCGUCGGAGCAGGAGCCUUGCGUGCUCGGUGGUGGUGUCGGAUCGGAGGAGCAGCAAAGGGACUCUGUGUCGCCCCACAGCGCAGACUCCCCCAUGUCCAUCUCCAGCCCCCAGCAGCACUCUUCAGCCUCCUCUGUCUCCUCACUGUCUGGAUCAGACAACGACUCUGAUUCAACGCUGCCGUGUCAAGUCCUUCCACCUGCCUUGCCACAAUACACGUCUAUCCCACCCCUGGGCCUAGCUUUGCCACCAGGCCUCAGCAUGGGCACCGGCAAGCCCUGCAUGGGAGGACACCAUAUCCUCUUGCCUCCAGGCUCACAGGCUCGCGUCUCACUGCCCGGUGGUCUAGCAAUUCACUCCAUACCUGGCAGACAGGUGUGUAUAGACACCGGGCUCCCCCCCUUCUUCCACAUGCCCCCCCCAGCCCAUGCUCAUGCCCCUGCC